AGUCCGACACUUCGCCAACUCUGCGCCAACUCUGAUCAAGUCCCAUCAAGUUCGAUGCCUCGAGAUGUUACUAGGCUUGGUCUUGAACUUCAAGGCCGUAUGUCCAUUCGUCGUGAUUUACAAUAGUAUAUACUUGUGAUUGCAAAUCGUAUCAAGUUCUGUUGCAAAUCCUACCCCGGCGCAUGUGUGGGUAUAACUCUUCAUCUCUUCUUCCAAGCAUAUAAUGAUCCGUCGCUAUCUUUUGGUAUCUCCUUGCAUAUCUCAGAGCACUGUCAUGCUGUCUGUCGCCUCGCAAGUCUUCGAUAUCGGUCGCCAACGAACACCGAGUACACUUGUGCACCUUGUUCCAAUGUUUUCCGUCUCCACCCAUUCCUUUGCGCCGUGUGCUAUGCUUUCCAGAAACGCCGUGAACUCUAUUGCCGUGUAUGCGCUGUGAUCAU